AUGUCUCUAACCAUCAAGCUACAAUUACUUUCUCACCAUAACAUCAACAACAAUAAUCAUGCAAAAUUAAUAAAAAACAACACUUUAUGUUACAAUACCAAGUUUCUUCCAAAACCCAUUUCCCAUAACAAUCCAUUCAUCGUUACAAAGUGUAAAAAAGUGAAAAGAAGAAUGCAAGAAAGUUUCAAGAUCAAAAGCUCUUUAAUUGAGCCAGAUGGGGGUGUAUUAGUAGAUCUUGUGGUGCCUGAAAAUGAAAGAGAUUCUAAGGUACUUGAAGCUAAGUCACUUCCUAAUGUGAAAUUAACAAAGGUUGAUUUUGAAUGGGUGCAUGUGAUUGGUGAAGGUUGGGCUAGUCCUUUGAAAGGGUUCAUGAGGGAAAAUGAGUAUCUUCAAAGUUUGCAUUUUAAUUCAUUUAGGUUGAAUGAUGGUUCUUUUGUUAAUAUGUCACUUCCUAUUGUUUUGUCUAUUGAUGAUGAGACUAAAGGGAGAAUUGGAUCUUCUUCUAAUGUUGGGUUGGUUGGGCCUGAUGGAGAUUGUGUUGCAAUUCUUAGAAGCAUUGAAAUCUACAAGCAUAACAAAGAAGAAAGAAUUGCUAGAACAUGGGGAACAACUGCUCCAGGAUUGCCUUAUGUCGAAGAAGUCAUUGCUUCGUCUGGAAAUUGGCUUAUCGGAGGAGAUUUGGAAGUUCUUAAACCUAUCAAAUACAAUGAUGGUCUUGAUAACUACAGGCUCUCUCCCAAACAACUUCGCGAAGAAUUCGAUAGGCGUAAAGCUGAUGCAGUUUUCGCUUUUCAGUUGAGAAAUCCUGUCCAUAACGGCCAUGCCUUGUUAAUGAACGAUACUCGCCAACGUCUAUUGGACAUGGGUUACAAAAAUCCGAUUUUAUUGCUUCAUCCUCUUGGAGGUUUCACAAAGGCCGACGAUGUUCCCUUAGAUGUCAGAAUGGAGCAACAUAGCAAGGUGCUAGAAGAUGGAGUUCUUGAUCCUGAGACAACCAUAGUUGCUAUAUUUCCGUCACCUAUGCAUUAUGCAGGGCCAACUGAAGUGCAAUGGCAUGCAAAGGCGCGGAUAAAUGCUGGCGCCAACUUCUAUAUUGUCGGUCGUGAUCCCGCUGGUAUGAGUCACCCAACUGAGAAAAGGGAUUUGUACGACCCGGAUCACGGGAAAAAGGUUCUUAGCAUGGCUCCCGGUCUUGAGAAGCUUAACAUUUUGCCAUUCAGGGUUGCAGCUUAUGACACUAAGGUAAACAAGAUGGCGUUUUUCGAUCCUAGCCGAUCUAAUGAUUUCCUCUUUAUAUCUGGAACCAAGAUGAGAUCUUAUGCGAAAAGCGGAGAGAAUCCACCAGAAGGAUUUAUGUGCCCAAGUGGAUGGAAAGUUCUUGUCAAUUAUUAUGAAAGUUUGCAGACAGAAGAAUCAUCUCAACAGCCUGUGUUAUCUGCUUAG